UAGAGGGUUUCAUUUUAGCAGACAAUGCAUAAUGUCUGUCUACUCCUGGACAGAUCAUCUUCAUUUGAUAAUGCAGAUAUUGGAAGUGCUAAAAAUAUAACUUCUCCAAGCAAGUAAUCAAACACGAACACGUGCCUGUGCAGAUGAAUAUGUAUGGUCCAUGAGUUUGUGAUUAACACUCAGUGCUUAUUCUCCUAACACGUGUAAGAAGCAGGAAGACCUCAAUGAGACAAAGGUGUGGUACAAUCACAUCAGCAAAGUUAUUAGCUUUCUGGACAGCUUUUUUCCAUUAUGUAAAAGCUGUGUUUGUAUUAGGAUAGCAGUCAGACACACCAGUGUGAGGAUUACAGUUGGUUUUUACAUAAUGGAUUAUCCAGAUUAAGUGUUUUAUUCAGGCACACGAGCAAAAAUAACCAAUUAGUGACUUUGCAGAUUCGUUAUUUAAAGGCAGCUGGAGGGCGAUUGACACAAAACCCUCCUGCUGACUGCAGCCCAAAGACUGAAGCAGAGUAGUCUCAGGGAUCUCCAGCACCUCUAUCCAACAGAAUGAAAUAUGCACAAUACGUUUUCCUGGCAUCAAUCUUCUCCACGGUUGAAUAUAGCCUAGCUCAGACCUGUGCAGUGGACUCUUUCUCCGUGAAAGAUAAUUUUGAUCCAAAAAGGUAUGCAGGGAAAUGGUAUGCCUUGGCCAAGAAGGAUCCAGAAGGCCUUUUCCUUCAGGAUAACAUCUCUGCUGAAUACACCGUUGAGGAAGAUGGCACAAUGACAGCAUCUUCCAAGGGCCGGGUGAAGCUUUUUGGGUUCUGGGUAAUCUGUGCUGACAUGGCUGCUCAGUACACAGUGCCAGACCCGACCACUCCUGCAAAGAUGUACAUGACGUACCAGGGCCUGGCGAGCUAUCUGUCCAGUGGUGGGGACAACUACUGGGUGAUUGACACCGACUAUGAUAACUAUGCCAUUACUUACGCCUGCCGCAGCCUGAAGGAGGACGGCUCCUGCGAUGAUGGCUACUCCCUGAUCUUCUCUCGCAAUCCCCGUGGUCUGCCCCCUGCCAUCCAGCGCAUCGUGCGCCAGAAGCAGGAGGAGAUCUGCAUGUCUGGCCAGUUCCAGCCUGUGCUGCAGUCAGGAGCCUGCUAAGAGUACAUUUCUCAUUCUAUCCCUGAGCACAGAAGCCAGACCUCUUGGUACUGAAGCUGCCACUCAGCUAAUAAAUCAUAGUAGUGUGUUUUCUCUGAAAAACACAUGAAAAUGUUGGGGAUUUUGUAAACCGUGUGCAGUACAGUAGUGGUAUCUGAAUUUUCGAGGUAAUACCUAAUGUGGCAUUUGUCAAUAAAAGUUUUUUAAAAACCCA